GGCCGGCCAGGAGGACGGGCCUGCGCGCCGCCCGCCCGUCCGCCCGCCCGCCCGGCCCAGCCGCUGCGGCCAUCGCCCCGCGGGACGGCGCGGAUCGUGCAGUCAGAAGAAUUUACUUCAAGUGUGCACAGCUUUAAGAAUAAGACUUUUAAAAAAUCCAAAGUUUGUGGGAUUUGCAAGCAAAUUAUUGAUGGUCAAGGGAUUUCAUGUCCAGCCUGCAAGUAUUCCUGCCACAAGAAAUGUGAAGCUAAGGUUCUGCGGCUUCCCCUGCCACCUGCAACUCUCAUUUGUCACAAACCGCUCAGGUUGCCAGCUCUGAGUUGCACCAUGGAAAACAGCCACGAGCUGGACCUCACUUACAUCACUGAGCGCAUCAUUGCCGUGUCCUUCCCUGCGGGCUGCUCGGAGGAGUCCUACCUGCAUAACCUGCAGGAGGUCACGCGCAUGCUGAGGUCCAAACAUGGGGACAACUACCUGGUAUUAAACCUUUCAGAGAAGAAGUAUGACCUGACAAAGCUUAACCCAAAGAUUCUGGACGUGGGCUGGCCUGAGCUGCAUGCACCCCCCUUGGACAAAGUGUGUAGCAUCUGCAAGGCCCAGGAGUCAUGGCUGAACAGUGACCCCCAGCAUGUUGUGGUCAUUCACUGCAGGGGUGGAAAGGGACGCAUUGGAGUGGUCAUAUCGUCCUAUAUGCAUUUCACCAACGUCUCGGCCAGUGCUGACCAGGCUCUGGACAGAUUUGCAAUGAAGAAGUUCUAUGAUGAUAAAGUUUCAAUGCUGAUGCAGCCUUCCCAGAAACGAUACGUUCAGUUUCUCAGCGGGCUCCUGUCAGGAGUGGUGAAAAUGAACGCCUCACCCCUGUUCCUGCACUUCGCCGUCCUCCACGGCACCCCCAACUUUGACACGGGUGGAGUGUGCCGGCCCUUCCUGAAGCUCUACCAAGCCAUGCGUCCUGUGUACACGUCGGGCAUCUACACUAUUGGCCCAGAACACCAAAACAGGAUCUUCAUCGCCAUAGAACCGGCCCAGCUCCUGAAAGGAGACAUCAUGGUGAAGUGCUACCAUAAGAAGUACCGCUCAGCUACCCGCGAUGUCAUUUUCCGCUUGCAGUUCCACACGGGAGCUGUUCAGGGCUACAGACUUGUGUUUGGGAAGGAGGAUUUGGACAGUGCCAGCAAAGAUGACCGGUUUCCUGAUAAUGGGAAGAUUGAAUUAAUAUUCUCUGCCACUCCUGAGAAGAUUCAAGGUUGUGAGCACUUGCGCAAUGACCAUGGGGUGACUGUGGACUUCAACACCGCUGACCCUUUGAUCCGGUGGGACUCCUACGAGAACCUGAGUGCAGAUGGAGAAGUGCUGCACACACAGGGCCCUGUGGAUGGCAGUCUUUACGCCAAGGUGAGGAAGAAGAGCACGUCCGAGUUGGGGGGGCCCCCAGCUGCCAUUUCCACCAGCAGCCCAGACCACGGGGAGCACACACUGUCGGUCAGCAGCGAUUCUGGACACUCCACCACUUCAGCCAAGACAGAUAGGACUGAGGAGCGCCUUGCUCCAGGGCCCAAGAGGGGCCUGAGCCCCCAGGAGAAAGCUGAAUUGGACCAACUCCUCAGCGGCUUUGGCUUAGAAGAUUCUGGUAGCCACGUCAAGGAUAUGACUGAUGCUCACAGCAAGUACAGCGGGACACGCCACGUUGUACCCGCCCAGGUUCAUGUGAAUGGAGAUGGCAUGCCCAGGGAUCGGGAGACGGACAUCCUGGACGACGAGGUACCCAGCCAUGACCUGCACAGUGUGGACAGCAUCGGGACUCUGUCCUCCUCCGAGGGCCACCCCUCGGCCCACCUGGGCCCUUCCACCUGCCACAAGACCAGCCAGAACUCGCUGCUCUCGGAUGGAUUUGGCAGCCCUGGAGAAGAACCGCAGGGUCCCCUGGGCCCAGACCUGGGCCUCAGUGGGGGGCCCCCAUAUGAGCAGGAGCGGGCUCUUGGGGGUCAAGAGCCCAGACCACUGCAGCCUCUGCUGAGGGAGCCAUCUGUGUCUGCCCAGACGCAGGCCUUUGGACAGAGUGGCUACUCCACACAGACCUGGGUCCGCCAGCAGCAGAUGGUGGCCACACAUCAGUAUGGCUUUGGCCCCGAGUCAGAAGCCAGGCUUGUCAGCCGGGGCUCAUCAGACAGCUCGGGCCUGCUGCAGGCCCAGCCCAGCAUUCUGGUCACACCUGCCAGGGGGCCUGGGAGGGGGGCUGUCCACAGGGGCCUGGGGCUAGGGCCACAGCCCCUGGACACACAGUGCCCCUCUCUAGGCAGGGCCUGCAAACCCAGGUUCUCCGACAUGGGGCUGGUGAACGGGACCGGCCUGGAGCUGAGUACAGACCCCUCUCUGGGCUCGCCCACCCUGGACAUUGACCAGUCCAUCGAGCAGCUCAACAGACUCAUCUUGGAGUUGGACCCCACCUUUGAGCCCGUCCCCACCCACCUCAAUGCCUCUGGUGGCCAGGCCAAUGGCCUGGGAGGUGGACUCCGGGCAGGCGGCUGCUUGCAGGACACAGAGGGCUGCAGAGCGCCCAUGAGGCCAGGCUACUCGAGUGAUGAGGCCCUGGGAGGAACGUACCGGAAGUGGAGCCUUGGACAGUAUGACAACAGUGCUGGGGAGCAGCCUGCCUUCUCCAAGUACGGGUGGGGGAAGACCACCAGUGUGGACCAAGCUCCCAGCCUGGCAUCUUUCCUUUCUCCAGCAGACACCAAAGAGACAGCCAUCUCCACGUACCCCUCGGACCUCGAUGUCAUCGAUGGCAGGAUUUUUUCUUCCACCAAAAGCAGCAGUGAGUCCAUAUCAUCCAUACCAGCAUUUCCUGUGUCUCCAGGGACACCGUAUGUGACAACACCCCCACAGUAUUCCCCGUUCAACCCACCUGGGUCACAGAUGGGCGGCACCAGUGGUUUGUACAAAGGAGAUCAUGAACGACGAGGCUGUCCUGAGAGUCUCGGUCACACUGUGGGGAUGUCAGAGAGCCCCGUGGGACCAAACCCCGUCACGCUUCGGGCCGACCUGCCGCCAGUGCCCUCCUUCCAGCGGACCUUUGCAUCGUCCUGCACCAUUGCCAGCAGCGGCCCUGGCCAGUGCAGGGACAGCUCUUCCUCAGCUGAACACCCAUGGGUGGAGAACACUCCCUCAGCCACACUCAACCUGCUGGGAACCAGCCGGCCUGCAGGAGGACUCCUUGGUGCUAGCGAGUUCACCAACCCUGGCAAGGAUGGUCCCGGACAACCCCACUUCCCACCUGCAGAGCUCCCGGCCUCUUUCCACAGUCAGGAGCUGCCCGUGGUGGAGCUUCCGGAAGUGCUGGGCACACAGAGUGGCCAGACCUCCCUGUCCUUUGGCACUGCCCCCCUGGGAAGUGCUCUCCCCUCCCGGGAGGACCCAGCAGCUCUGAUGGCCAAGUCUCACGAAGGGUCCCAGCCUCCCAGACCCUCGAGGCCCGUCGUGCCGGCCACUGACAGUGGCUUCCUAUCCCACGACUUUCUCAUGCUGGUGCCUGGACACAGUGGCCAGCACAGUUCCGUUGUACAGGGCCAGGGGCUGACUCUGCCUGGGCAGCCUCCUCUCCCCGAGAAGAAGCGGGCCUCGGAGGGAGAACGUUCCCUCGGCUCCAUCUCUCCCUCCUCUAGCGGUUUCUCCAGUCCCCACAGUGGCAGCACCAUGAGCAUCCCUUUCCCAAACAUUCUUCCGGACUUUUCCAAGACUGCAGAGGCAGCAGCACCUUCUCCAGAUAAUUCAGGUGACAAGCAUCUGUCUGUGAAUUUUGUCCAAGAUACAUCCAAAUUCUGGUACAAAGCAGAUAUCUCCCGAGAACAAGCCAUUGCCAUGCUGAGGGACAAGGAACCUGGCUCAUUCAUCGUCAGGGACAGCCACUCCUUCCGAGGUGCCUACGGCCUGGCCAUGAAGGUGGCCACUCCACCCCCGUCAGUCCUGCAGCUGAACAAGAAAGGUGGAGAUUUGGCCAAUGAACUUGUUCGGCACUUUUUGAUUGAGUGCACCCCAAAGGGUGUGCGGUUGAAAGGGUGUUCCAAUGAGCCAUAUUUCGGUAGCCUGACAGCUUUGGUCUGUCAGCAUUCCAUUACAGCCUUGGCUUUGCCCUGCAAACUGCUCAUUCCAGACAGAGACCCUUUAGAGGAGAUCGCGGAAAGCUCACCUCAAACAGCAGCCAACUCGGCAGCUGAGCUGCUGAAGCAGGGAGCAGCCUGCAAUGUAUGGUACCUGAAUUCCGUGGAGAUGGAGUCCCUCACAGGCCACCAGGCUGUCCAGAAGGCCCUGAGUAUCACCCUGGUCCAGGAGCCACCACCCUUGUCCACCAUCGUGCACUUCAAGGUGUCAGCCCAGGGCAUCACCCUCACGGACAACCAGAGGAAGCUGUUCUUCCGGAGACACUAUCCCGUGAGCAGUGUGAUCUUCUGUGCGUUGGAUCCACAGGACAGGAAGUGGAUCACAGAUGGUCCUUGCUCAAAAGUCUUUGGAUUUGUGGCACGGAAGCAGGGCAGUACCACAGACAACGUGUGUCACCUGUUUGCGGAACACGACCCUGAGCAGCCCGCCAGUGCCAUUGUCAACUUUGUGUCAAAGGUCAUGAUCGGCUCCCCGAAGAAGAUCUGAGCCCCUGCCAGCCUGGAGACCCCAGAGAUGCUGGGACAGCAGACUCUGACCCUGAAACUCUGGGCCCAGCAGAUGAAAGAGCUUCACCUUUACAAAGAGAACAGACAAGACACCCGCUCCCGGCACUUCCUGGGUGAAAGGAGCUGGGCACCAGGCUUCUAACUGGAAGAGUUAAAGGACCAUGCGAGGAAACGCUGAGUUCACGCUGCUGAGAAGGCUCUGAGCCCCCCACAGGGAGCGAGGAACCACCAUUGCCGUGGUUUCUGCCCAGCCAACAUUCCAGGGGAGUCUGCCCUUCACUUCAGAAGGGACUGCAUGUUUUCAGGGGUUGGGGCAGCUGAGUCAGGCCUUUGUGGAGC